AACAAUAAUAGUAAUAAAAUUGAAAGAAAAAUAAAACUCCCUGGCCGCGCUCAAUCUUUGCGGCUGCCCGGUCCUCUUUCGAUCUUCAAAAAUUAGGGUUUUUCCUUCUCCACAGCUCCUCUUUCGCUCCAAAUUCUUCCAAAGCCCUCGUUUGAAUUCCCAGCCAUAUCAUCUAUCCUCCUAUCUUGAUUCGAAUUUAGGGUUUACGGAUCUGUUCAGCUCCCUUCACUGCUGGUCUUUGCCGUUAGAUACACGCGCUCUGUAUCUGUAUACGCUCGCAGGGACGAUAUGUUCUGGAAGCUCACAGCUCUGUCUGCCUCGUCUCCUGUUGAGGCUGUGCUGGACAAAGAAACUUUUACAUUGGAAGAGCUUUUGGAUGAAGAAGAGAUAAUUCAAGAAUGCAAAGCAUUAAACAGUCGCCUGAUUAAUUUUUUGAGAGACAGAGCUCAGGUUGAGCAGCUGCUGCAUUAUAUUAUAGACGACCCCCCUGAGGAUGCAGAUAGCAAAAGGACCUUCAAGUUUCCUUUUGUUGCCUGUGAAAUUUUUACAUGUGAGAUUGAUGUCAUCUUGAAGACUUUGGUGGAGGAGGAGGAGCUUAUGGAUUUACUCUUCUCUUUUCUGGAGCCAAACCGUCAUCAUGGUGCAUUAUUGGCUGGGUAUUUUAGUAAGGUUGUGAUAUGCCUAAUGUUGCGGAAGACUAUUCCACUCAUGAAUUAUGUUAAGGCCCACCAAGAUGUUUUUAAGCAGCUGGUUGAUUUGAUUGGUAUCACAUCCAUCAUGGAGGUGUUGGUGCGGCUUGUAGGUUCAGAUGACCAUCUCUACCCCAAUUCUUUGGAUGUGAUGCAAUGGUUGGCUGAUAGCAAUUUGUUAGAAAUGAUUGUGGAUAAGCUGAAUACCAUGAAUCCUCCUGAAGUACAUGCUAAUGCGUCAGAAACUUUAUGUGCUAUAACCAGGAAUGCACCAUCACCUCUGGCCACUAAACUCUCCAGUCCGAGUUUUGUGGUGAGAGUACUUGGUCAUGCACUCGAAGACUCCCAUUCAAAAUCUGCCCUUGUACACUCACUCUCUGUUUGUAUUUCUUUAUUGGAUCCAAAAAGAUCAAUUCCGUCAUCAGUAAUGUACUCUUUCAGAAGUCAACAUGCAUAUGAACCACCGCUACAUGUUAAUCCGGAUACUGUUGGUGCUAUGCUUCCGAAACUAGGAGAGUUACUUAUGCUUUUGAAUGUUUCAUCCGACGAGAAGAUUUUACCCACAACAUAUGGUGAAUUGAGGCCUCCUCUCGGAAAACAUCGGUUAAAGAUUGUGGAAUUCCUUUCGGUGCUGCUAAAAACUGGCAACGAGGUGGCGGAGAAGGAACUGGUUGGCUCUGGGACAAUUCAUAGAGUCCUUGAUCUCCUUUUUGAGUAUCCGUAUAAUAAUGCAUUACAUCAUCAUGUGGAGAGCAUUAUAUAUUCAUGCUUGGAGAGCAAAAAUAGUGCCAUUGUUGAUCAUCUUCUCCUAGAUUGUAAUUUGAUUGGCAAAAUCCUUCUAGCUGAUAAAUGUCCUGCACUUUCUGGUGAACUUAAUCUGCCAACUUUGCCUGCUUCUGGUAGACAUGCUCCUCGGGCAGGAUACUUGGGACACUUGACACGCAUAUCAAAUAAAUUAGUUCAGUUGGGAAACAAUGAUAACCUCAUUCAAAGACAUCUUCAGGAAAAUAGUGAGUGGAAGGAGUGGCAGACCACUGUCUUACAGGAGCGUAAUAUGAUUGAGAACGUUCAUCGAUGGGCUUGCGGCCGGCCAACUGCAUUGCAAGACAGAGCCAAAGAUAGUGAUGAGGAAGAUGUUCAUGAUAGGGAUUAUGAUGUUGCAGCAUUGGCAAAUAAUUUAAGCCAAGCAUUUAGAUAUAGCAUAUAUGAUAAUGAUGAUGCUGAGGGUCAUGGCUCUCUUGGUCGUGAUGAUGAGGAUGUCUACUUUGAUGAUGAAUCUGCAGAGGUCGUAAUUUCAUCCUUAAGGUUGGGUGACGACCAAGGGAGCAGUUUGUUUACAAAUUCCAACUGGUUUGCAUUCCAAGAUGACAUGGUUGGUGGUAAUGCACCUAUGGACACCUCUGCGCCUGAUCCUCUGGAUGAUCUUAAGUUGAAUGGGAAAUCAAAUGGUGGUAACAGCAGUAGUGAUGAUGAGGUAGUGGUUGAAGAGGAUGAGGAAUUGACUGCAAAUAGAACCUCUACCAAUGGCUCAUCAAGUUCUGAAGCAAAUCCUUUCAAUGGAUUCAAUACAAAUGACUCUAUUAAUGGAGUUGACUCAAAUGUCCAGAAUGAGAAGACUGCCACCUCUAAUGACUCAGGUUUCUUUCAUUUUGAGACAACAGAUAAUGAUGAUCCAUUUGGAGACAGGCCAAUACCUGAGUGGGUAGCAUGGGGAGAGGCAACAGAAUUUCAAGUGGGUGGAUCUAGCAUAAACCCAUUUGAUGACCAAAGUGAGAGCACUGACAAUCGUGUGCAUUUGGUGGAGGCAAGCAGUGUUCCCAUUACUAUAUCUUCAAGUGCAGACUCCAUACCAAAUGGAACAUCCAGUUCCCCUGGUUCCAUUGACGGUUCGGCUAAAGCUGAUUCAAGUCAUAAAAGUGUUGUUGUGCCCUCGUUGUUUGAGGAGGAUGUUGAGUUUGUGGGUGUUGAGUUGGAGGGCACUGAGAAGGCUAUGGAGCAGGCUUUGAAGGAAGGGAUUGUUGGGGAAGCUGGGCCGCUGAAAAGGAAUACCAUAACUAAGAAACCAGAAAAAGAGGAUUCAGAUGAUGGUGGUGCUGGUAUGAAGGAAUUCAAUGAUGCUAACUAUUGGAGAGUUGAUCAGGAGGUUGCAGUGUUGGAAUAAGUAUGGGGAUCACUCAUUUUCAACGUCAAUCUGUGCGAAAUCUGAGUAUCCCAUUCUGCUGGCAGGGUUUUAUGCUGCGAUCAUAUGUACAGUAUAUAUUUUUGUUUAAAUUUUUAUCACGUCUCAUUAGGCUACAUAGCUGUUGUCAAUGGUUAUUUAUUUCACACUUGCCCACUCUUAUUUUAAAGAUUCUGCGGGUUCUCCCCUUCUCUUUCAUAAUAUUCUUGUUUUCUUCUUUCUUACUCGCCAAAGAAGGAACGAUUCAUCAUUGUAACAUGAAAUAUGGUCUUAGAUGUUUUUAUGACCUCUUUUAAGUAUUGUACGUAUGCCAUACUCAUUAGAGAUUAUCUGAUGCUCGAUUUUUUGUUUCCCA